AUUAAUUACCGACGAAAAAUUAAUAUCAUUAACAUUUUGUCGGUGUAUUAGUACUAUUAGGAAUGGAAUUUUUAAAUUUAUACUAUCUUUGCUUUAUUUCUUUCAUUCAUGUUCAAGUUCGGACAGGGAAGAGCGAUGUACCGUGUUUGAAAAGAUCUUGCAAUUUUAAUGAAAAAAACACUAGUGCAAAAUGUUGUGAUUUAGAGUAUAUUCCGAAAAUACCAAGUUCUGUAGUUAAAUUGAUAUUGGAAAACAACCGUCUAUCUCAUAUCAGCAUGGACACAUUUCAAAAUGUUUCGAGCAAUAACUUAACAAGUUUAACAUUUAUUGACAAUUCAAUAAAAGUAUUGACUUCAGACGCUUUUCAUAACAUGAAAUAUCUGGAACAUUUAGAAAUAUCGCAUGAGAAGAAAUUAAAUAUAACUAACUUGAAAAUGUCGUUCAAAAGUUUAAAUAAGCAAGUACUGGACACUAUGAAUUUUAUAAACAAUGGAUGGACCAUGAUUCCAAUGGAUUUAUUCUCUGAUUUCAGAAAUUACACGCUGAAAAAAAUAAUGUUUAAUGAUAACACAUUUAUGACUUUUAAUUGCAGUCUGUUGUCGGAAUUCUCACAUAUUCAUCAACUUAAUGUUGAAAGAAAUGAACUAGUAUUCUUAAAUGCAAGUGGUUUACACUCAGUUAUUGAACUUAUUCUAUCUGCGAAUAACAUGUUUGAAAUUCCAAAUUUCUGUGCCGAUGAAGCAGGGCGGUCGUUAGUACCCAAGUUAUCUCGCUUGGAUAUGACAGAUAACGCAAUUCGAAAACUACACCCAGCGUCUUUUAAGUGUCUACAUAAUCUAAACUAUCUUAUACUGGAUAAAAACCGUCUAAUGAUUUUAGAAAAUAGAAUUUUUUCCAGUCUUUCAAAUUUAGAAAUACUUUCGAUUAGUUGGAUAUCUCAUCUGUCAGUAAUUAAACCAGGAGCGUUUAAUUGUUCUUCUUUGAAAGUAUUAAGAUUUGUUCACAAUGGAUUCCGUUUUGACAAGGAGAAAAAUAAAAAGAAAAAACAUUUAUAUAACUCUAGCGAACUGUUCAUUAACACACAAAAUCUGAUGAAGCUAGAUUUAACAAAUAAUUAUAUGCCAAAAGAUCCUGUUAUAUUUCGGCAAAUGUUUUAUCCACUAUCCAAUUUAACUAAACUGAUUUUACAGGCAUCAUAUAUAGCGACAUUGCCGGAAGAAUUAUUUCAAGAGAUGCCAUUUUUAGAAAUCCUUAAUCUGAAAGGCAAUAGAAUUACAACAUGGAAUCAAAGUGUGUUCGAAAAUCUGAAAUCUUUGAAAACUUUAUUGUUGGAUGGAAAUUACAUUCGAGUAAUAAAUGAAUCAUCAUUUCCGAUCCAGUUAUUGAAGUCGUUGAAAACGUUAGACAUAUCACAUAAUGAGUUCUGGUGUACAUGUGCUCAGAAAUGGUUUGUUGAUUAUUGUCGAUCCUCAAACAUUUCUAAAAUACUGACACAUUGGCCAAAAUACUACGAGUGCAUAUACCCAGAGGACAAGAAACACCUUCUUCUCGUGGACUAUAAGCCGACAGACGCCGACUGUUCAACAUGGAGUCCGAUUUUAACAAUAAUAAUUGUUAUUGUUGUUUCACUUUUUCUCGUAACUGUGGUGCUAAUUCUAAUGUUAAACUGUCAAUCCAACAUUCGGAAUUUGAUUUAUCUUUUUCGAGUAAGUAAAUGGAAGAGAAAAGGAUACAUCAGAUUAAAUUCCUCCGAAAGCUUUGAAUACGAUGCUUUUGUCAUAUACUGUGAUUCAGAUCGGCAAUGGGUCCAUUCGGAACUCCUUAAACGUCUUGAGGAAAUUGACCUAAAAGUCUGCGUUCAUUAUCGAGAUUUUGAUGUUGGAGAAUCCAUCACAGACAACAUAACAAAUUAUGUAGGCAAAAGUUGGAAAGUAAUUGUUGUUAUGUCGAACAACUUUACAAAAAGUGAAUGGUGCCAAUGGGAACUUGACCUUGUACAAGAAAGAAGGCGACGCCAUGGAAAAGAAGCACUUAUUCUUAUAAUGCAGAGUCAAAUAGAUUCAAGUCACAUGACCAAUUCUAUCAGGUCUUUACUUGACACGACACCACAUUUGCAGUAUCAACAAGGGUUAGGCGAGGAUCUGUUUUGGUCUGUGAUUACGAAAGCUGUCAUGAAACCAUUCAAGGAUCCCCCAACAGCUAUCCUGUAGAGUCAACAAUCUUAUGUUAAAAACUCACUAAUGCUGCCGGGAUUUUAAUUUGCUACGGCAGACGCACUUUUCGUCAACAUUAGACAGUGGCGCUCAAAUCAUAAUAGUUGGAAGACUUAAUGAUAUACGAAGUUGAAGAGCAUUAAAAACAGAAAAUUCCGAAAAGUUGAGCUAAAUGCGACUAAUAUCUAUUCAACAAAAUUAUAAAUUCAUUUUGUUUAAACCCAUUCGAUUCGAUUCAUUUCUGGCAGGAUGGACAUAUUUUGUUUUGGUCUACCAAGUAAAACAUUGUAAGUAGAUUGCCAGCCAAUGUGAAAAUAAAAGUAAAAAAUGGCUAUUUUGUGUACAUUAAUUUUGAAAUCUUUUUAGGGUUGUUGUGAAUAAGUGGAAAUGUUAUAUUAAAUAAGCGGUGAAAUUUUCCUUCAGAUACUACUUCUUGUUUACUGGAUCGAACUCAUUUGUUUGGUGUGAAUUUUUCCGUCACUUUCAUUACAUUUUCUAAAAUGAUUAAUUUCAAUGUAUGAAAUUAAGUGGUACGUACCAAUAUUGCUGGACCAGAUGAGCAAUAGAUACUUAAAGU